GCCCGGGACGGCCGUUGGCCGGGCGGGGCGUCCCCGGGGGGCGGCGGGGAGCAGCUGGGGCUGCGCGUCCCCGCGGACACAAUGGGCUUUAUCCCUUCGGCAGCCGCCGGGGGUCCCGGGUGGCCUUUCCCGCCCGGAGGAGCGGCGGGUUUUAGAUUCGUGUCACACACUAGCGAGGUCCCGAGUUAAUUAAAACUCUCUGUCUCCCUGCAGAUGGCUUUCUGGAUGCUGUGAUCCGCAGCGGAGGUGGUAUCCGAUGGAGCCGAGUGCGUGCUGUGAUUUCUUUCUCCCCGCGUGUACUCUGGUGCGCCCCGUUUCGAUGUGAGCACGGAGGCUGGCUGAGUUAAAGGCUGCUUUUCAGAUCUUGCUCCUCUCCAGACUUCUGUAGGAUCUAGUCGGCGCGGUGCCGGCUGGAGGCUUUGUGCCUGUGAGUUUUCCUUCCCGUCCUUGCUCAGGAGUGAGGGAGCUUUCUCUCUGACAAUGAUGAAGACAGAAGGCAAAGGGGAAAGGACUUUAAGAAGUGCUUCUCCACACAGAAAUGCAUAUAAAUCUGAUUUCCAUGCUAUCAAAUGCUCUUUUGAUGGAGUAAACAAUCCUGAAAACACUUCCAACAAAACAGGCUUUCAGCAGAAGCUGAGCACCUCUUCCAAUGGAGGGGGAAAUGAUCCGCACAGUCGAGGCAGAGCUGCCACUUAUGGCAAUAGAGUGCACAAGAUCAAAAAUAUGUUUCUGCAGAUGGGAGGCUCCUCUUCCACGCCCUCUUGUGAAAGCAGUCCCCCUGCUGAGACCAAAUUAAUCAGCCGGGCCCCACCAGCAGAUUAUGGACCUUCUCCAGGUAGCCCAUCGUUCCUCAUUGUCCAAAAAAAUAAUCUUCUUAAUACAGGUACUAGCCCCAGCAGCAGUCCUGUGGAUUCAUUGUCUGUGCCUUCUACUGCUGACAAGAUCAUCCGUAGCAAUGAUGAGGCAGACCUGGACAAAGUUGCUCUGGCAGAAAAAUUUUCUGAGACCAGGAAAUUAUUUGAGAGAAAUAUAAAACAACGAAGCUCAGUGGACAGAUAUUCUCCCAGCAAAUGUGAAAGAAGUGACGAUAAGAAGAGACGUGGUUCAGCUUCUCCUGAUUGCAGCAGUGUGGUGGACCAUUUCAGUUUUAAUACAGAAGUGAGUCUUCCGGUUGCCCUGGAGAAAGCUGAAAAUCAAGGUAGUGAGGAGUUGAAGCAGCCACAUCCCAACAGUGGUCCCAAAUCCUCCUUCCUGAAUGCAGGACCCAUUUCUAGGAGGCUGGAAGGCUUUCUGGGUGACAGCGAUACUGAAGAAUCCAAAGAAGUUUCCAAAAAUGACAGUACUUCCAGUCAAGACCAUGUGAGAAGCCACUGCAGUUUGGAUUCAUCUGCUGCUGUUGAAAGAUCUUCAGAGAAGGCUGUAUCUGCCAAAGUACCUGUGAUCAUCAGAGACGAACCGAGCAAGGCACUUGAAAAAGACCAAAGAGAGCAACCACUACUUGAGAGAAGCGUGCAGGAUAUGAGCAGUGUACCUGGUCAGGAGGCUAAGUGGAGAUCAGACCGUAUUCUCUACCAGGUUUCCCCCAUGGAGGGGACUUGUGCAGAGCUGGUUAUGCAAGACGAAACCUCAGGGCAUGAAAAAGAGGGUUUGGAUAAAGAUCGUGUUGUUCAAGAGGAUCAGCCACUCAAACAUCAAGCGCAGGAACAGAGGCGGAGUGACUAUUCCUUGGAGGCAGCAGAAGAACUUGCGGAAUGCAGUGAGACCAAUCGGGAAGAAAUAAGAGAUGGGAUGCCUGCGAAAGAUGGUCCAGUUACACAAGUUCAGGGUGUCCAAGAGCAGGAAGGGGAUACUGAAGAAGAAGAAGAGGAGCAAGUGGCGGAAAAGCAGAGAGAGAACUUCAGUGCUUUUGGAAUAGAGAAUGAAGCGUUUGAUGAUGAUAGGAAUACAGAGCCAGAAAGCCAAGGGCGUGAAGGUAAAGAAAUUUUGGAGGGAGAGGAGGAGUAUAUGUAUGAUAGUGAAUAUGAGGAGUUUCCUGGACUUUCUGAAGAGGAAGAUCCUGAGCCAGACCGAAAAGUCAAGUUCUCAACAGCUCCUAUUAAGGUUUUCAGUACUUAUUCAAAUGAAGACUAUGAUAGACGUAAUGAAGAAGUUGAUCCUGUAGCAGCCUCAGCUGAGUAUGAACUUGAGAAAAGGGUGGAAAAAAUGGAAGUGUUUCCUGUAGAAAUAGAAAAAGGUGACAGUGGUCUGGGCAUCAGUAUUAUUGGAAUGGGAGUUGGUGCAGACCAGGGACUAGAAAAACUAGGUAUUUUUGUAAAAACAAUAACAGAUGGUGGAGCUGCUCAGAGAGAUGGACGAAUCCAAGUCAAUGAUCAGAUUGUUGAGGUUGAUGGUAUAAGUCUAGUGGGAGUUACUCAGUUCUUUGCAGCCACCGUAUUGAAAAACACUAAAGGCACAGUGAGGUUUCUGAUUGGAAGAGAGAAACCAGGGACUCAGAGUGAAGUAGCCCGUCUCAUUAGUGAGACUUUGGAGCAAGAGAGAUGUCUGUAUCAGCAACACUAUGCUCAUGAUGAUGCAGAGCAGGAUGUCGUGGUUUUUACAUCUUGUCAGGAUGAUGACUAUGAUGAUGAGGAAGAUACAUUUGAGUCACAUUUACAUGGAAAAUCUGUAGAAGUUUUUGAUCUUCCUGAAAAUGAAGAUAUCAGUUUACCACUGGAUAUGGAUUCAGCACAGUUUCUUCUUAAAUUUAAAGAGCUACAAUUAAAGCAUGCAGUAACAAUGGCUGAAGUUAAUCAACUGAAGGAGAAAUUAAAAAUUGUUGAAACAGAAAAAACUGAAUGGGAAUCAAGUCGAGCCCAACUUCAGCAAAAUAUAGAAGAAAACAAAGAGAAAAUUAAGAAGUUGGAAACCUACUGGUUAGAGGCACAGAGUUUAUGCAAAACAGUAAAUGAGCACCUUAAAGAAACCCAGGAACAAUAUGAUGCCCUUGAAAAGAAAUACAGCAAGGCCAAGAAAUUGCUCAAAGAUUACCAACAAAAAGAAGUAGAAUUUACGAAAAAAGAGGAGGAUCAUUCAAGGAUGCUUGAAGAGAGAGACCAGAAAUAUGCAGAACAGCUGAAAAUAUAUCAGGAAAAAAUUUUGGAGCUUGAAAACAAACUAAAAAUAUGUGAGAGAAUGCCAUAUAUGUUUGGAAGUGGCAGUUUAUUGGAAGAUGCCUGUCAAAAUCAAGGCCAGCUGAAUGAACCCUCGAAGAUAAGAGAAGAAAAAGAAACAGAAACAGUAGAGGAAAGGUUAGAUUCUACAGAUAUGUUAAUUUCUGAUUUUGAUGCUUUUGUUGGGGAUACUCCCAGAUUAGAUACCAGUGCCCACAAAGCAAAAGCUCAGCUUGCUUUGAAAGUAAAACGCCAGCCACCUUCUCGAUCAAAGCUGAAAGAAUCUCUUGGGGCUGGACAACAGACUGCAAAUCUACAGGAUGACGAUUCAGAAGAUACUAUUCAUAACAAAGAGCUUUCUGCUGUGUACCUAACCAAGACCUUAGAAAUAACUGAAAAGUUAACUCUCUCCCAGUUGGAUGACAUGGAUCGAAAGAGUGAAAAGCCUGAACUAGCAGAAAGCACAGAAAGUCCUUUAGAGUCAAGCCCUUCUGCCUCCACGCAGUCUUCCCCAGUGCACAAACCAAACAACGAAAACAGCACAAGCACCACACAUUCACCUCCUUCAGAAGAGAUGGUUCCAAAUUCUCCUCAAGGAUAUCCCAGGAAUGUUAAGCAAAAAGAAGCAAAGGGGAAAGGAAAAGAGGCCAAGGCAGAAGAUAAGAAAAAUGAGGACAAGACAAUAGAAACAAAUGAAGGAACAUCAUCAGGGAAGUCUAAAAGACGAUUUCCAGAUUUUGGAGGAUUACGGAAAUCUGGAGGCAAGGGCAAGAAACAAGAAAAAGAAAAUCUGAGAGGUUCUCUGGAUAGCAGAGGUUCCCGAGAACUGUUGGAUGACUCUGGCAACAAUCUCUCUGCAUCAGAUUCAGAUUCCCCUGUACCUACCUGCAUGCCUUUCUCUUGGUUUGGAGACAGUCACAAAGAGCCUCAGGUUUCUAGCAGUAGCCUGCACUUUACCCAAAGUGGGCAGGACAGUUUAUUUGAACAGGGUGAAGAGAAGAACAAAAGCAAGAGUAGAAUUGUCAUAGAUGAUACAUACCAUAGCAAGCCAAGUUGUGAACUUUCAGGGUUAGUGACAGAACCAAAUCUGUCAGGUCGUUCACACACUUUAACCUUCUCUUCAAAUGAGGCAUUAGAUGAUGAAUUUGCAACAACAGGAAAACAAAAUCAAUGGCACAGUAGACCUAUUUCUGAAUGGACAACCCAGCAAGUAUGUCACUGGUUAAUGGGAAUGAACAUGGAGCAGUAUAUUACAGAGUUCACAGCUAUGAAUAUAGAUGGACAGCAGUUGAUGCAGCUUGAUAGUGAUAAGUUAAAGGCUUUAGGAGUUUCCAGUCAAAAUGAUCGGUCAACAAUAAAGAAAAAAAUCAAGGAUAUUAAAAAAACACAAGAAAAACUGGAAAAACAGAAGGAAAAAGUUCAAAAGAAGGAGCGAGAAGUUCGCAAGAGUGGCAGAGUGGUAGCCACUCUUGAAUCAAGCUGCUAAAAUGACCCCAUUUUUGCUUAGCACAGGCUUGCUUCAUCUUGAAGUUCAGCAGAUUUGUAUAUAAUUGUACAAUUGAGGGAGGAGGGAAAGUGCAACAGUUUAACAUGGUAGGGUUUAGGGUUUUUUUACUUUUUAAUAAUAGUCCCUCCCCAUUACAACCCAUUAAAAUGAAAUAAAUGUUUUCAGUAUUUUUAUUCCUAGUUGACUCUGCCUGUACUAAUAGACAAUAAUUUAAUUUUCUGCCUUAAGUACUAUUUGUGCUUCUAAGACUGAUUUAAAAAAAAAUAUAUGCCCUUUUCAUUGAACUUGAUAAAUGUUUGUGGAGAAUAGACUGUUGUAUUAAAAAUCAUUCCAAUAUUAGUCAACUUGCAUAUGAUAUAGAGUUGAAUUUGAUAGAGGGACAAUAGAAAAAUCCUGCCAACAAGUUCAGUCUGUGACAGUCUGUUUAUCUGUUGCCACUAAAAUUGUAUAGUAAAAGUUAAGUUUAAGAAAACAGUAAUGUCAAAUUAAUUUAAAAAGAAAGCAUGUAUUUCAAAUUUAUGAAGUAUUUUCUCUGAAUUCUUGUAUUUCUCAGUGAUGGUCCAUUUCUUUUAUUCUAAAUCCACUGUAGUAACACAUUGUUUUUGAAUUCUAUAUGUUGCAAUUUACUGAGAAAAUAACCAGAAAUAUUAAGUAGUUUUUAUAAACUGCUUACACUAAUUACAACACUAAAUUUUCUGUACACUAUGCUGUAUGGUGUUGGGACAAGGUUUAGAAUAUAAAUAAGAUCUUUUUUAACCUAUUUUUCCUAAAUAAUACAUAGUUUUAUAGAUUUAUGCUACGAAUAAGAUCAAUUUGCAAUACAUGUAUUUCUCUUUUCUACUUGCUACAAGAUUUUUGCGGACCAAAUUUAUAUAUUUGCUAAUUUUAAACUAUGCUGUUUUUCAAACUUAAAAUACUGAGGGAAAAAUUGUAGGAAAAAGUAUCACUGAAGCACUGGGUAUCUGCAUUGUAUUUAAGUGUUUGAUUGCAGACUACAGAUUAUUCUCUUUAAAGGAGGAUUUGAUUCCCAGAAUAGUUUAGAAAAUGAAUUGGUGUUUGAAUAUUUACAUACUGUCUUCUAGAGAUACUGCCUUCUAGAGAUACUGCAACAGCACUUCCUUAAUUAGAUUAUUUCAGAAACAUUAAGUAUAAAUUCCAUCAUAGCGUGGACUAGAACAAAACUUAAAUAAUUCAUUUAUGUGGACCAAGUUCUCCUUUAAAUCUAUGGACUGUUUUUCAUUUUAAUUGAAUGAAUGAACUUCCCAGUUGGUGUUUCACAAAUUUUUCUUUGUAUAAAUGUUGUCUUUUCUGAAUUUCAGCAAAAGAACUGUGUGGAAAUGCUCCUGAACACCACGCAUUUCCAAAAUAAAGGUUAAAAAUCUUGGUGGUAA